AUGGUCCUGAUCUGGCUCCUGGUAUUCAGUCUGCUCCAUCCCAGCGGGCAGGCGGCGUGGGCCCUGGGCCUGGCUCAGCCAGGGCCCGCCAGGGAGGCAGAGACUGGGGCCCCAGAGGUCCGGCUCCGUAGAGAUGCCGGGGGCCGAGGUGGUGUCUAUGAGCACCUUGGCGGAGCGCCCCGGCGCAGGAAGCUCUACUGCGCCACCAAAUACCACCUGCAGAUCCCCCCCAGCGGCCGGGUCGGCGGCAGCCUGGAGAACAGCGUCUACAGUAUCCUAGAAAUCACAGCAGUGGAAGUUGGAAUUGUGGCCAUAAAGGGACUGUUUUCUGGGCGCUAUCUGGCAAUGAACAAACGAGGAAGACUUUAUGCCUCGGAGAACUACAACGCUGAAUGUGAGUUUGUGGAGCGGCUGCAUGAGUUAGGCUACAACACCUAUGCCUCUCGCCUGUACAGAACAGCGCCCAACGGGGCUGGGGCCAGGCGCAAAGCCAGCGCCGAGAGACUCUGGUAUGUCUCCAUCAACGGGAAGGGCCGACCCAGGAGGGGUUUUAAAACCCGCCGGACCCAGAAAUCUUCUCUCUUCUUACCCCGAGUCCUGGAUAGCAAAGACCACGAGAUGGUCCGGCUCUUCCACACCAGCGUCCGGUACAGGGAGAGCCUCCGGCAGCCGGCGGACAAGAGUGAGAGGAAGAGGAGGCAGGGACACUCACCAGUGCUGGAAGCCGGGAGAGGGACAGCCCUGCCUGAGGUUCCCUCUGUGAGCGCGUCAGCCCCUCCCGGGACACUCUGA